AUGGCCAUCUUUGGAAAGAAAAAGAAAGAAGAAACCCCAGAAGCUCAAAUAGACCCUUCAAAAUUAAUUAAAACUGAAAUACCAUUUGAUAAAGUUCCAUCAAGUGCUACAAUUCCUCAAAGAGAUGAAUUAACAAAAGAUCAAUUAUUGAAAUAUAAUGAAAUUUUAAAACAUUUCCAAAAUCCAGAUUUAAAAGUUUUCACAAGUGAAUCAAAACCUUUAGAAAAGGAAUCAUUAUCUCAAUUAGAAAAAUCUUGGUUAACAAAAGAAUGCUUCUUGAGAUAUUUAAGAGCUACUAAAUGGAAUGUUGAUGAUUGUAUCAAGAGAAUAGAAGGUUCCCUUGCAUGGAGAAGAGAAUUUGGUAUAACAGGUGAAGAUACGGAUAUAGUUAAUGCUGAUUUAGUAUCACCAGAAAAUGAAUCAGGUAAAGAAGUUAUAUUAGGUUAUGAAAAUUCAUCAAGACCAAUUUUAUAUUUAAAACCUGGUAGACAAAAUACUAAAACAUCAUUUAGACAAAUUCAACAUAUGGUUUUCAUGUUGGAAAAAGUUAUUGAUUUCAUGCCACCUGGUCAAGAUUCUUUAGCUUUAUUAAUUGAUUUUAAACAAUAUGAUGAUGUACCAAAUCAAGGUGGUAAAAUUCCUCCAGUUAAUAGUGGUAGACAAGUUUUAAAUAUUUUACAAACUCAUUAUCCUGAAAGAUUAGGUAAAGCUUUAUUAACAAAUAUUCCAUGGUUAGGUUGGACUUUCCUUAAAAUUAUUCAUCCAUUUAUUGAUCCAUUAACAAGAGAAAAAUUAGUUUUCGAUGAACCUUUCCCAAAUUAUGUACCUAUGGAACAAUUAGAUAAGACUUAUGGAGGAUUAGUAGAUUUCAAAUAUAAUCAUGAAAAUUAUUGGAAAGAGAUGAAUAAAAUUGCCCAAAAUAAAAAAACUCAUUAUUUAAAAAGAUUUACAAAAUUUGGUGAAAAAAUUGGUCUUAGUGAAUUUGAUUUAAGAGGUGAUCAUGAUGAUUUAAAAUAUCCAGUUUUUGAAUAUUUUAAUGAUGAAACUACAUUAAAUAAUGAAAAAAUUCAAUCAAAAACUAAUGAUGAAGAAUUAUUAAAUAAUGUUGAAAAAUUAAGUGUAAAAGCAUAA